AAUAUUUAAAAAUGUUUUGGGGUGCUUUUAUUUGUGUAUAAAAAGGGAAAACAGUCACUUCCUGUUUAAACCGGAAGAGGCUCGGACUCGCCUGAGAACAGAUUCAGAGCCGCAGUUUUUAAAAGGCAUAAGAAUCUGCAGCCGUCUAUUUACUGAAUGAUGCCGUCUAUUUACUGAACAAGUCUGUAGAUUUUCGGUCUCUUAUUAGCAAAAUACAACUUCCGGGUGAGUACUUCCGGUCGAGGCGCACGUGAUAAUUGUAAACAGAAGCGAUGAAUGGAUUCCGACUUCAGAGUCGCGUGAGGUUCAAGCGGAGGACAGCCCGGCACUGCUUCGUGCCUUUUUGCUCCUCUUCGUCGCGCCACAACCCCACGCUCAGUUUUCACUCCUUCCCCUCGGACUCGGUUCUGCGGGCCCAGUGGGUCGCGAAGAUCCACCGGGGCAACUUCACCCAGUCGAAGCACGCUCGCGUCUGCGGUCGCCACUUCCUGCCGGGCGACUUCGCGGUGACCGCCGAGGGGCAGACCAAGCUCCACAAGGGGGCCGUCCCGGUCCUGUUCCAGUGGAACCACUACAAACGACCGGAGCCGCGAUCCGUGCGCUCCCCCGCCCCGGCGGUCGCGGAUCACGAUUACUGCUGGACCCAGUCGGUGGCGCUGGGAGCGGACGAGCUGGUCACGGAGAACGACGUGUUGCAACACACCAUCCGGGAGCUGGAGGUCCAGCUGGUCCAGCUGCAGAACCAGAACCGGAGCCAUGUUUCUAUUCGACCCCUGGCGGGAGUAUCGGACGAAGAAGUUCGGUUCUACACCAGGUUUGCUUCUGCCCGUCGACGAGCUGCUGCUGUUCCUCAUGUUCCUGUCGUUGGGUCUGCCUCCCAGAGAUCUGGCGGAGAGGUUUGGCGUUCCCGGCGCCGCGGCCCGCAGGAUCAUCGAAACCUGGGCCCAUUUUCUCUACACGGUCCUUGGAAGCAACCGUCUCUGGGUUCCACCCGAAGUGGUCCGAGCUCACCUCCCCGCUGAGUUUUCUGCUUUCCCCGACACACAGGCGGUGCUAAGCUAUGUUAGCGUGUCCUGCCGGGCACCUCUCCCCGACACGGCGGAGCUCCCCGACGCGUCGAGGCUCAAGGCUCUGGUGGGCGUGGCCCCUCACGGCGCCGUCACCUUUGUGUCGCAGCUCUACGCGGCGUCCACCAGCGACCGUUGGAUAUUUAAACACUGCGGCGUCGCGCGGCUGCUCGGGCCGGACGUGGCCAUCAUGGCGGACGAAGGCUUCCUCGCCGACGCUCCGUGUAAAGUUUACCGACCUGCCAUGUCCUCUAAAGCCUACGUGGAGCGGAGCCUCAGGUGGGUGAGGGAGAACAGACUCUUCUCCGGAGACGCACCACUUCCUGUCUGCCUGAGCGUCCACGAGCUCUUCAGCGUGGCGUGUUUUCUGCUCAACUACCAGCGCGGGCUGCUGGGAACGUCCUGACAGCUAAAAGCUAAAUAUUUAGUCUUUUUUUUGUCGUUGAGUCAUUUUGCUGCUAACUUUUCAAACAAGUGGUUUUUUUUUCUGAACAGUUUUAAAGUUUGGAAAGUAUUUUUCUACUUGGUUUUGUAUCAAAGUCUUUGUUUACUGACAUAUUUAUAUUUUUGAAUAAAAAAAAGUCUUAA